UGUCACCAAACUUCAAUCCCGUGGCAGCGCCAUGGUUCCUCGACAUUUGGGUAGAUCUUGUUUCGCUUCAUACGAUGAGAGCAGAUAGCUCAUGAUCCACAGGUGAUGCAGGAUGCCAGCUCAGGAACCUACGUGCCAUCUUCGGCUGCCUUCUCAAGGCCACGCGUGGCAUUGGACGUCGAUGAAGUGCUUUGUCGCACUGCCGAAGCCUUUUGCACCUGGCACUCUGGGCAGCCUGCGACUCUUACGGAAAGUUUCCAACGAUGCUAUUCAACGGAUUCAUCUGCCUUGCGAGAUCAAUUCUUGUGCUCAGACUUCUCCAUGAUGGCUGAGCCUGUGUUUGGGAGUCAAGAAGCACUACAGCAGCUCAAGACGGCAGGCUUCGAGCUUCACGCGGUGACUUCGCGGCCUGGCAGCUGCAAGUCCAGCACAGAGCGAUUCCUGGCGAGGUGUUUUCCAGCUUUGAUCAGCGGUCUCCACUUUGCUUCUGUAUCAGGACCUACAAAGGGGGAGCUCUGCAGACAGCUGGGUGUUGUGAUACUGGUGGACGACCAGCUGCAGAACAUUCUGGACGCAGUUUCGCAUGGUGUCCGAUGUGUGGUGCUUGAUCUUCAAGGGCACUACGUUUGGAACCACAGCACCUCCUUGCCCAGUGGCGCUGUGCGACUCUACUCUUGGGCAGAAAUCGCAAACUAUGUGAUGAGCCAAGGCAACCCGAUGGCUUCUGCGGCUUCCCAUGCAUCUCAGUUUGUUCCACGGACAGCGCAGUCCGAGCUCGGCCCCGUUCCAAGCUCUGCUCCCGAGAGUCGGCCAGGACACUCUCCGAACGGAUACAGUGUGCCUAGCACGCUGCCGCCAACAGCUGGGCCUCAAGUUCCGCAAACGCAGCUCCCGAACACAUCUUGUGCUGUUGAACGACCUCCAGAAGUUCCUCAAGCUCGAGCACAACUCCCGCAAGGGACCCCUCAAAUGGCACACCCGGACCUGGCAACGCAGCAGCUGCAGAUGCCACAGAUGUCGGUGCCAAAGACCAUGGUGCCAAAGACGCACCUGUCUGGCGAGACCCGUGAGGUGGUCUUCAAACCUCGAUUGCCAAUGGGAAUCUUUGUCUCUGAUGUUCAAGGAGGGCGUGUCAGCGGCGUUUUGGAUGGUCAAGCUAAAGAACAGGGUCUCGAACCGCACUUUGUGAUGGUGUCCAUCGAUGGUCAACCUUACAGCGAAGCUCUAUUGGAGGAAAAAAAGAAGGGCAAUGUUCCCUAUCGCGUGGCGAUCAGGCAACUUCCACCACCUGACGCGGAGGUCUUAAUCGAAUGCAUCAAGGUGGUCGGGCAAGAUGUGACGGCGAUGCCACCAGAGCUGCGGCACUUGGAGUUGGAGGUCUACAGCGAACCGUGUUUCGUAGGCCGCGCUGAGCAGGCCAGCUUCUUUCAGAAGCUCAUGCCAGAUGAGGAGUUGAGAAACUGUAUCUCUCGGAGACAUUUUAGCUUGUCCUGGGCGGGUGCACUGCAGUUCACUCGCCUCUCUGUGAACACGAUCUUCGCCAAUCAGGUCUUUGCUCCUGUGAAUGGCACAAUGUUUCUUCCUGAUGGCGCAUUACUCUAUCUAUGCAGCAGCGGAGAUGAGAACAUAAAGGGAAGGAAACAAAAAGCUGCUUGCAUGAGCCCUCUGGAGUUCAUCUCCUUCCUGGACGAAGAGAUUGACGAACAAGUUCCAGUUGCAGUCUUCCGGGUGACCACCCUCAAAGUGGGAGGACGUCCAGUCGAAGCUCAACAGCCGGCACCAGUGAGGGCGCGGAUGUUGUGCACCUCCUCGCAGAGUGUCAACGUGGACAUGAUGCCGAUGAGUGCUCGUACCUUUCCAGUGCACCAGCACACCAAAGUGGGACGAGAGCAUCAGCAGGAGUUCUUCGAAACGGUGCUGGGGCAGCAGAGUUGCUACUGGACGGCGAUCUCACGAAGCCAUCUGGUCUUGACGGAGGUGGAUCCCGGGAGUUUCCUGGUGCAGAAUCUGAGUGUGAAUCACGUGAUGGUGGCUGGACGGCACUUGCAAAAGGGCCAGCAGACUACCAUACAGGUGAAAGCCACCUUCGACUUUCUUGCAGUGCCUCCUGGCUCUCCUGCUACAGUGCCACAGUGCUUCCUCCGUUUGGAGUUGGUGCCUGAGGAUGGACACGCAGAACCUCCGAAAGCGCAGUCGCCCCGCAAGAGAAGUUUCUGGUUGGAGCUUUCUGGAAGCGCAGUCUUGGAGACGAGGAGAGUGGAUGCUACCGAUGGCAAGAUUGUAGUUGGCAGGGCAUGGCAGUUUGACCUGCACAAAAAGGCUCUUCGGGAAGAGGUCCAGACCUUCGUGAGCCGAGAGCACUUCCGCAUCGAGGAACUUGCCUCUGGUGGUGGUGCAACGGCAUUUCCACAGAAGAAAACGCUGCGCCUCACUGCCCUUAGCUCGAACCCGAUUUGGAUGAGCCGUUCUGGACAAGUGCAACAGCUCUCCAAAGAGGACUUCGUCGAGGUGGAUGCCGGUGACCGCAUUCUGCUCUAUACGGGAGCACGGGAUGGAACUCCAGAUGGACCUGGAUCUGUCGGACAAUUGAUUUGGACUGUUCAGCGCGACUGAUACUGUCAAAGCAGCUAGGAAUACAGGCUGAGCCACUCACACGGAGUCCUGUAGAUCGAUGUCGUGCUUGCAUGUGUUAAUGCACCGCUUUACCAUGCUGCAGCUAACUGUUGCAAAAAAGAGAGUCAGAAGCAGCUAAAAGUGUCGGAAAACACAUCUUUGUGGCCACUGCAGAAGCUGUGCAGAGACGUCCAUCCCUUUUAAAUCCUUUUACCACGGCCCAGGCUUGAUCCCUGUCCAGAUCUGUCGAUCAAGUCUGAAACAGACGGCUGACAUCCGC